GCACGCCCUCUGGCGAUAUCUGGCCGAAGGAGUGACGGGAAGCUCCCGGGAACGUGCCUUGUGCCUUAGCAUGUCGUCGUUGUUAACGUUCUGGCGAAAGAAACAGAAACCGGACGUGAGUGCACUCGAUGACGAAGGUGUCAACGUUCAGACGAGGGAAUUUGACGUGACUGCGACGCGUGCCGCGAGCUACCGGUCGUUGAUCGCCCGGCAGUCCUGUCCGUUCGCGCUUCGCAGACGGCGUUGGCAACGCGGUGGCCGGUAUCGGAGUCGGCAAGCGGGCGCUUUGCUUGCUGCGCCGCCGCCGUUUGCAGUCGGCGGCAAUGGCGCAUUCCAACUCGCCUUUCGGGGACACCACUUACACGAAAGUCUUUGUCGGCGGGCUUGCAUGGGAGACCCAGAGGGACACCAUGCGCUCUUACUUCGAGCAGUUCGGCGAGAUAUUGGAGGCUGCCGUCAUCACUGAUCGAGCUACGGGUCGCUCCAAGG